GGUUGUCUCCUCCUCCUAACUCCUCUCUCCUUUGCAUUCCAGGCUUCUAACAACAAUCCCAGAUCCUAAUUUUCCAUUCUGACAACCAUGUUAGGCCUGGAUGGAUUGUUUUCCCAGCCAAGCGACGUUCUGUUGAAGGUGGCCAUGUUUGUGCUGGUCCAGGCUCUGGUUUAUCUCAUCCUAUCCAAGUCAUCAAACAUCUUCUCAACUACUAAGACGAGAUCUCUUAGUUUCCGGACCGUCCGAUCGGUGAGCAUCCGGCGCAUGUUGGCUGCUCUGUCCGACCUACCUCCAGGCGGUGAGCCAUCACCUUCAUCUUCUGUUUCUCCUGCCAGCAGUCCAUCGUCCGAUCACAAAGAUUAACUCAGACUGGGAUGGCAGUGGUUCUUGAUAAAUUUGGAUCAUUCAAUUGGUAUGGCCGUGUCCAUCAUUAGUUUGGAAGCUUUGAUUUUCACAUAUGAGGAUCACUUGAUCUUGAUAUAGGUUAUGUAGUUGGUGUCUCACAUUUGUUAUUGGUGUAAUAGACAUGGAGAAGAUGGUUGGUGAUACAUUAGGUAUGAUGGAGAUUUUGUUAUUUUGAUGUAUUGAAAUUGGUGGUAAUGUAACUAUUGAUUGUUUCCUAGGUUGUAUGACAUAGAGUUGUAUGCUAUGGUCUCUUUGAUUAUGGAUUUUUUCCCCCUCUCUUGUUGAUUAUCAAGAGAUGAAGGGCAGAUUUCAUAAAACUUUGAUAUGAACAUUGAAGAUUUUGCA